AACAACAACAGCAGCAACAGCAAACAGAAUUUAUUUCGAGGAGAGCGUGUUGUAGAGAGAGAAAGACAAAGUGAAAGAUCUGAAAAAGCAAAGCAAAUGGGGCGAGUGAGAUGAGAGAGAUAAACUGAAAAGCAGCUCUACUGUCUCUCUUGUUUUUAUUUUAUCACACCAACCAAUCCAUAAUUCAACAUCAUUAUUCUUUUCUUUUUCCGUUUCAUCUUGCCUUACGCGAAUUUUCCUUGAUCGAAAUCAGAUCCUGUUUUAGCGAACUUUGAGUUUUUUUACACUGCGUUGGUGCCUCUGUUUGUGUUCUUCUGUUGUCUUUAGCGAAAUAUGUUGGUGCAGUUGUUGAUCGAACAGAUUAUGGUGAAGAAUGCUUUUUGAUGAAUUUCUCUGUUGAAGGAGGGCCACUGUUUUCCUUGAAUUAUUGAAGAGUUUAAUUUCUGUAAGGUUGAGAGAUUCAAGAGAAACUACACUCAAUUCUGACUAUUAACUCUUGAAUUGAGUGCUCGCAAAAGUUCUGUGUUGUUUUUCCACACCGAAUCUAUUUUUACCUAGGCCUCGGUGUUAAUUUGGCAAAUAUAUUGCUGAUUCGUUGAAAAGUCUGCUAAAAGUCAGCAUCAAAUUGAAGGAUGGCCAAGUUGUCGCAUUCAGAUUCCAGACGGAUGUAUUCCUGGUGGUGGGAUAGUCAUAUUAGCCCCAAAAAUUCAAAAUGGCUCCAGGAAAAUCUCACAGAUAUGGAUGUCAAAGUUAAAUCAAUGAUAAAGCUCCUUGAAGUGGAUGAGGACUCCUUUGCGAGAAGGGCGGAGAUGUACUACAAGAAAAGACCAGAGCUUAUGAAAAUGGUUGAGGAGUUUUAUAGAGCAUAUCGUGCAUUGGCUGAAAGAUAUGAUCAUGCGACUGGUGUGAUUCGACAUGCCCAUCGAACUAUGACAGAAGCUCAAGUUCCUAUGAUGUUUGCUGAUGAUUCACCUGCUAGUUCUGUUUCUGGAGCUGAUCCUAGAACACCAGACUUGAUUGGAGACUUCACUGAUGAGUCUGAUAGUGGGACGAGAAAAAGGACUUCAAAACCAUUCACUGGUUCAUUGGGGGCAGUUGAGCGGGUGAGGAGAGGUCUGAAUUUUGAUGAGGCAGAGGAUAAAGAGGAAAGCGUGUCUAGCAAUGAGAACAACCAUGUUGGUAAUAAAAAAUCAUUAAAAAUGGACCGACAAAGUGAUUCUAAGGAGAUUUUAGCAUUGAAGGAAGCCAUUGCCAAACUGGAAGCCGAGAAAGAAGCCGGCUUUGUUCAGUAUCAACAAACUUUGGAUAAACUUUCACAGCUUGAUACUGAAAUCUCCAAAACCAGGGAGGAUUUCAAUAUGCUUCAAGAUCAUGCAAAUAAAGCUGAUAUUGAAGUUGCUACGCUAAGUGAAGCCCUGGCAACAUCAGAAGCUGAAAAAGAAUCUAAGCUUCAAGACUACCAAAAAUGCUUGGACAAGAUAUCUGAGCUACAGGCUACUGUAUCCACUACUCAAGAUGAUGCUCAGAAACUUAAUGAAAGAGCUAAUAGUGCUGAAGUUGAAGCACAAUCUUUGAAAAGUGAACUGGAUAAAUUAGCUGUUGAGAAGGAUGCUGCUCUCAAUCAGUACCUGGAAUCGCUGGAGAUCAUAUCAAACCUGGAGAAUAAAUUACGAUUUGCUGAAGAAAAUUCUUCAGGGUUUAAAGAGAGAGCUGAAAAGGCAGAAAGUGAAGUUGAAAGUCUUAGACAAGCGAUCUCCAAUUUGACUGAGGAAAAGGAAAGUGCAGCUCUGCAGUACCAGCAGUGCUUGGAGACAAUUUCUAGUCUGGAACAGAAACUCACAUUGGCCAACGAGGAGGCGAAGCGCCUCAAUGGGGAGAUAGAAAAUGGAGUGUCCAAGUUAAAAGGUGCCGAGGAACAAUGUCUAAUGUUGGAAAGAUCGAAUCAGUCUCUUCAUUCUGAGUUAGAAUCUUUGAUGUUGAAGAUGGGAACUCAAUCUCAAGAGCUUACUGAGAAGCAGAAGGAACUGGGAAGACUUUGGGCUGCCGUACAAGAAGAACGAUUGCGCUUUGUGGAUGCUGAAACUGCUUUUCAGACUUUACAGCAUUUGCAUGCACAAACUCAGGAGGAGCUCCGAGCUAUGGCUUCUGAGCUGCAGAAUAGGGCUCAACUUUUGAAGGUUGCUGAAUCCCAAAAUCAGAGUUUGCAAGAUGAAGUUCUAAAGGUUAAGCAGGAGAACAAGCAUCUUGAUGAGCUGAAUUCAUCUUCUGCAUUAUCAAUACAGGAUAUGCGGAAUGAGAUUUCUAGCUUAACGGCAUCAACAGAAAAACUUGAGGAGGAGGUUGAGCUACGACUUGACCAAAGAAACGCACUACAGCAAGAGAUUUAUUGCCUGAAAGAGGAACUAAAUGAUCUGAACAAGAAGCACCUUUCAAUUUUGGACCAGGUACAUGAAGUAGGCUUGAAUCCAGAAUUCUUGGGAUCAUCGGUGAAGGAAUUGCAGAAUGAGAAUUCCAAUCUGAAAGAAGCUUGCCAGAGGGAAAGUACAGAUAAAGCAGCUCUCCUGCUGAAAUUGGAAAUCCUGGAACAGCUUCUCGAGAAAAACUCGCUCUUGGAGACCUCCCUUUCUGAUUUGAAUGCUGAACUAGAUGCUGUUAGAGGGAAGAUAGAAGAACUAGAACAAUCUUGCCAAUCUCUUAUGCAAGAGAAAUCUACUCUUCUCGAUGAGAAGGCAUCUCUAACGACACAAUUGCAGGAAACAAACAAGAAUCUAGAAAAACUCUCAGAGAACAACACAGUUCUACAAAUCUCUCUAUCUGAUGCACACCAUCAGGUUGAAGCUUUAAAGGCUAAAUCAAAAAUCUUGGAAGAUUCAUGCCAGUUGCUUGUAAAUGAGAAGGCUGAUUUGAUAAGUGAAAAUGACGGUUUAACUUGUCAGCUGGAACAGACACAGAGAAGACUGGUAGAUCUUGAGAAACUUCAUGAAGAACUUGAAGGAAGAUGUGAGCAUCUGGAGAAUGAGAAAGAAUCAACUCUUCGCAAAGUCGAAGAGCUGCAAGUGUCAUUGGAGGUAGAGAAGCAAGAACAUGCAAACAAUAUUGAGAUGAACAAAGCUCGACUCACUGAGAUUCAAUCUGAGAUGCAAGUUCUGAAAGAAGAACACAAACGAAGAAAGACAGAACUCGAUCAUGUGCUUGAUAGUGCUAUAGCUAGUGAAAUUGAGAUAUUUGUCUUGCGCAUGACUGCCCAGGUGAUGAAAGAAAACAAUUGCUCCUUGCUUACAAAGAAUCACAAACUCUUUGAGCAGUCUAGUUUAUCAGAAAAGGAGAUCUCACGGCUAGAGCAUGAUAAUUUCAGGCAGCAGUCUGAAAUCAGAUCGUUGUCAGAUCAUGUUAGUACUCUCAGGUCAGGGACCCGUCAGUUAUUGAAGGUUCUCAGCAUUGCUGAGGAUUGUGUGUCUGCGGAUAAUGUGGAACUAGACCAGGUUUACGUCAACCAGCUAUUAAGUACACUCCAACAUUUGAAGAAAUCACUCAGCGACUCUGAUGAAGAAAAUCUGGAGUGGUCUGUUGCAUUCUCAGUCCUUGUCACAUGGAUUAAGCAAUUGGGAUUACAUUCGAAGAAUGUCGAGGUGGAAAAGGACAAACUAGAGCAUGUGCUCAAGAUGAAGACUGAGCAGGUGUUACAGUUGCAGAGCGAUUCUUCUACACUCCAUGAGAUGAAUGAAGAAUUAAAGUCAAAAUUUAGGGAGGAAGACCGCAAUAAGGAAGCACUGAUGAUCCAGAUUGAGAAUUUGAACUCAAAGCUAACAGACAUGCAAGAUAAUUGCCAGGACUUGCAAAGAGAGAAACUACAGAGUUCUGAGGAGAAAAGAUCCUUAAUGGAUAGAAUUGUGCACUCGGAGGAAAAACAUAAUGUCCUGGAAGAGGAAAAUUAUGUCUUAUGUGAUAAAGUGUUAGCUCUUGAGAACCUAUCCUUGAUUUUCCAAAGCUUUGCUGAUGAGAAACUUAGGGUGCUAAGAGAUCUUGGUGAUGAUCGGAAUAAACUUCAUGUAAUGAACACUGCUCUUAUUGGAAAGUUGAGCAUGGCUGAGGGGAGACUUGAAGAAUCGAAACUCGAGAAUCUUCAUCUCAAGGAGAGGCUGCAGAAGACAGAUGAUGAAUUCAAGGCUGUAGCAACAGUCAAAGAUCAGUUGAGUGUUGAGAUUGAAAAUGGAAAGGAAGUUUUGCAUCAGAUGGCACAAGAACUCCAGGAAGCAGGAGAGAAGAUAAGUCUAGCAGAGAAAAAGAAAUUAGAGUUAAGUAAAAGUGUUGAAGAUCUCAGAACGGAAUACAAUGAGGUUAAAAUGGCUCGAGAUGACCAAGAGAAUCAGAUUCUCAAGCUGUCCACAGAUAGUGACCAAUUGAGCAAGGAGAAUGAUUUCUUGCGUGAAGCAACUCAGAAACUGGAAUCUGAUCUGCAGGUAUUGCAAGAUGAUCAUAGUAAGAGUAAACUCCGAGAAGAGAAUUUGCUUUUGGAUCUGGACAAUAAAAUCAAUGAGAUCAAUGAGUUGGAGGCUCAAGCUGCUUCACUCUUUGGUCAAUUUCAACAUUCCAUGAUCAGUCAAGUUCUCUAUGAGCAGAAGUUUUAUGAACUCCAUGAUGCAUGCCUUGGCUAUAUUGAUCAAAAUAAAGGCCUCCAAAAUCAACUGGAUGCAUUUGGGCCGGAGAUUGUAUCAUUGAAGGAAUGUAUUUUAUCCCUGGAGGACCAAACUGAUAUACACAUCAAGUUUCAAAAUCCUGAAAACGAGGAUUUGCAGGGUGCUCAAGGUAGCGGCAUUUCACCCAAAAGCAUUAAAAAUGAAGACAAGAAAGUGUCGAAGCCGGUUUCUGACUUGCGUGAUCUCCGGGUCAGGCUUCAAGCGGUUGUGAAGGCAGCAGUCGAGAUAAAGGAGCUAAUGGCUCAGGAGAACAUUGAUCUGCAUUCCAAGCUGGAUCAAUCAAUGAGGCAAAUCGAGUUGCUACAAUCUGAAAGCGGGAAGCACCGAAGAAGCAGGAGGCCCACAUCCGAAAUCACUGUGGAAGAUAGUGCACUUUUGACAAAAGAUAUUGUUCUUGAUCAGGUCUCCGAUGGUUCAUACCGCUACAGCAAGAAAGAAGCUGCUGACGUGGACAAUCAAAUUGUCGAGUUAUGGGAAGCUGCAGAACCAGAUGGCACCGUGGGUCUCACAAUUGGCAAGUCGAGCAAAACCAUUCCUCCUUCCACCACAACCUCUGAUUUUCAUCGUUCUAAAUCGACGAGGAAACAGAAAGGCGGUUUCGGGGCCUCGUCCGAUGCACUCGAUGAGGACUUGAGUGUGGACAAGUUAGAGAUCUCCAAAAGAUCUACUGAUUCCUUCCAAGAAGGAAACAAGAGGAAGGUCUUGGAGAGGCUCGAUUCCGAUGUUCAGAAACUGGCGAAUCUCCAGAUCACGGUCCAGGACUUGAAGAGGAAACUCGAGGUCACAGAGAAGGGAAAGCGGGGCAAAGCUGUGAUUGAAUGUGAGACGUUGAAGAGACAGCUUGACGAAGCUGAAAUGUCCGUGAUGAAGCUGUUUGAUCUGAACGGCAGGUUGAUGAAGAGUAUCGAUGACAGGUCAUUCCCAGACUCAAAGUCCUCGUUCGACUUUGAAGGCGAGGAAGGUGCCCGGAGGAGGAGAGUAUCAGAGCAAGCACGACGAAUGUCUGAGAAAAUCGGAAGGAUACAGUUGGAAGUACAGAAGCUGCAGUUCGUUCUGCUGAAACUAGACGACGAGAAGGACAGAGUGUCGAAGAUGUCGGAAACGAAACGGAGAAUCUUGUUGAGGGAUUAUCUCUACGGAGCGGGAAGAGGGGGCCAGAGGCGUAAGAAGGGGCAUUUUUGUGCCUGCGUUCAGCCUUCAACAGUUGAAGAUUGAGAGAUUGUUGGAUCGCCUAAUAAUUGGAAUUUUCAAAACACUAUGCCUAUAAGCCUAAUGCAGUUAUUCCUUUUUUCUAUUAGAGUUUUGUGUCCAUAUAUUAAGCAUUGUACAUUUGGUACCAAACUAAGGAUAGCUGUACUUAUGUUUAGUUCUUUAGAGCAUAAAUUUCUAGUAUUUUGUUUCAUAAUAGUAGCUUUGUUGUAUAAUAUCAUAUCAGCGCGUACGCAUGCAUUGAUGAAUAAAUUUGAGUUUUAAACAUUAUAAA